AGUUUAUGUUUGGUGUGUUGUCGGAGUUAAAUGUCUCUUUACUUCCGCAAUUUAUUAAAUAUUCACCCAUUGUCUCGCUGUUGAGUGUGUUUUCAGUUCUGUGCUGUGAUAAAAGAGUCAAUGGACUGUGUUAUGUGAUCGUGUGGGCGAAGGAGAAUUCGGAACUUCAGGAGAAUAGCAAAAAGAGGAAUCACCCAAUGUCAAUUUUACAUAACAACACUUGAGCGCUUUUUCGCCUAGAACGGAGAGAAAACAAAAUUUUUCCCACUCAACCGAGCGCCGGGAAAUCGCCGAGACAGAGUUGAGAGAGAGAGAGAGAGGAAAAGCGAUGAUUUUGUGAGUCUGAUCCAGUGAAUUUUCCUGGCCACAGAGACAGACACUGAAAUGACGGCAGAAUCGGCGUCUCGCAGGGCCAGCAAAGAGGACGGCGGAGACGGUGCGGCCGCCAAGACGGAGGAUGGGAGUGCCCAGCAGGCCACCAAGAAGCUCCUGUCGAAAUUGGCUCAGAGCAAGAGCGACGAGAACGAGAUUCAGGUGUUGGAGAGGCUAGAUCAUGGCGUUAAUGAGACAGCGCAAGAAAAUAAACAGGCUGCGUCCGCCGUGGGGUGGGUGUGCUGCGCCCCCUGUAUUUGGCUCCGCACUUCCACCACCGUUCACAAGAUCGCCCUGACGGCCGCCACUCUCCUCGUGACCUCGCUGCUCGUCGUCUCGCCCAUCCUCUUCCUCAUCAGCACGGCUCCCUCCCAGGCGCCUCGCGAUUGUCUCACCCACAAGCUCGAGGACUGCUUCGCGACGCCCCAGCCGCCGCCCGAGUGCACAGAUGAGGAUUGCCGGGUGGCGGCAAUGACCAUCUUCGCCCGCAUGAAUGCCAAUCUGGACCCAUGCCGGAACUUCAAGUCCUACAGCUGCAGCCCCAUCAUCAACAACAGCGUGUCGGUGGUGAAAAGCUCGCAGGAGGGCGUCGACCUGCAAAUGCAGAAUCUCCUGGUGACCAACACGAGCUCUGGCGUUUUCCGAAAAUUGGGCCGCCUGUACGAGAGUUGCCUCCGCCAGACGCUCAACUCCUCGAGCAUUCGCCUGCUGCUGGAGAGCCUCGGCGGAUACCUGCCCAGCGGGAGCUUGGGGCCCUCUAGCAUUGCGCCGCUCAUGUCAAAAAUCGCUGCAUUCGGGCCGACGCCACUUAUUGGUGUCUACUUCGAUUUGAGUUACGGCCGUAAGCCACAAAUUGUGUUAAUUAUAGAUGGACCAACGACGUCAGCAUCAGUUCUGGAGAAUACAAUACGAUGGAUGGGACCAAAAGCACCGCCUUACAAAAUUCGAAACGAUGUACCGGAACUUCUGGACGAUCUCAUGAAUGUCUUUCUGCCGUCCAGUCUGAGCCCGAAGCAACGACAAUCUGAGAUGGAUUUGAUUCGCAAGUUUGUGUCAGAAGUGAACAGGCUCCGGCAAAAUUAUCUUGAUCGGGACUUCUCGAACAGCUACUUGGUUGACAAUGUGACAACACUCUCAUCGGCUUACUCUUACCUCAAGUGGAGUGACAUGAUUCCGAUGAACUGGUCAGGACCGAUUGUCGUGCGGAGCAGGAAUUAUGUGCAUCAUCUGCGCGAUCUGCUGAAAAACCAUCAGACUCGAAUAAUCCACAAUUCCUUGCUCCUUCUCUUUGCUCUCGGCAUUCUACCGCCCACCCACCCAUCGCCUUUGGUCUGCACGAAAGCCACAAUGUGGGCCCUGCCGCAAGCCUCAUCAGCACUCUAUUUGACCCAACAUUCAAUGGACACCGUCCGACAGUCAAUUAAUCGCGCGGAAAUCCUCUUUGAGACCUUGAAAGCACACCUGAAACGAGCGCCUUCGCUCCGGGGAGCGGCCCUAGUGAAGCUGUCAUCCUUGAAGAUUCAGGCCAAUCCGUGGCCAGUGUGGUACAACCACACGAAAAUUGAACAGAUGCUGGAGAAGGUGGAGAUCAGCACGGACAAUUGGUUCGAGAACAUCCUGAAGCUGUACAAAUUACAGCAGGAGCAGAGUCCCAACGAUAAUAUCACUAUGGACUCCCAUGUUGCCUGGGCGUAUCCCAUCAUUGCUCAGUCAUUCUACGAUUCUCUGAGUCACUCCAUUGUUGUUCCGAUGUCUGUGGUGCUGGUGCCAUACUUCAAGCCAAAGCUACCGCCGUAUCUGCACUACGCGUCGGUCGGUGUACAAAUAGCAAAAGAGAUUCUGCGCUCGAUUACGCGUGCAUUCGAGGAUAAAGCCCUAAAAUGUGUCCCGGGCAGCGUGAAUAUAUUUUCCAAUUCGAGCCGCAUGGACAUACUCAUACACUCGGGCGGCAUGCAAAUAGCUUAUCAUUCCCUCCUGUCACUCACAGGCCCCAUUAAGGGCAUGGAGCGCCUGGGUGGUCUGAAUUUAUCGCCAACGCAAAUUUUCUAUCUCGUCUCCGCCCAGGAAUUGUGCGCCGAUUCCCUGUACAGUGGCAUCGACACGGACUCCGAUGACUUCACGGAUAUACUGGGCUGGCUCAUAGCGCAGGGCGGCAGUGCCAAUGACGUGUUCCAUUGUCCACACGGAAGUGUCAUCAACACUAAGAAGACGUGCAACAUCCUGUGAAGUGGCCACAAAAGGGCAAUUUGCCCACCGAAUCUUACUGAUUCCAAUGGACGAACACCGGGAGGAAUAUGUGAACUGAAACCUCUCCUGAAUUUACUAGAAAGGAUAUUCAUUAGAUAUACUUACAAGUGUUGCUGAACAUCCUUCUCACACAAAUUACUCAAAGCUCGACAGAGUUACAUAAGUGUAAUAGAACAGUCGGGUGACUUUACAUGCAAAAGCCAUAGAGAAGAAAAAGAAACCACUCUCUUCAGACAAACUACACUUUAUAGGCAAGAGAUAAAGGUAGACUCUGCUUUGAAACCCUCUCAAUUUAGGAGGAAGAGAUACUAGAAGCAAGGAAUUGCUGUUAUUUAAGAAGUGCUCCUUACUCUGAAAUCUGGAUUUUUGAAAAUGAGAAAUAUAUUUCUUGUAGAUAAUGUUGAAGAGAUAAAGAAUGACGUUACAUUUUAUUAUAUGAUAUCUUGAUAAGCAAUACCUACCUAUUCCUAAUUGUACAUUUUUGAAUGAUUACAUUUUCAAAAAAUUACCGAUUUUCUUAUUAUUCUAAUUGAAGAAAUUGGACUUUCAUAAAUUCGUAACUGUUGAAAUUGUCCAGGACGCUUACAAAUUGUAAGAAAAACUUGAAGAAAAAUCUAAUGAACACGAACUAAGUGUAUAAUAACAUUUUCAACAGUUACAAAUCUCUUUUAUCAAUAUUAAAUUAAUGCGAGAUGCAUAUUUAUUGUUCUGGCACAAAUUUCUAUCACUCAUCUUCCUUCUAAAAUAUUUUUACUCAUUAUUCUGAAUUACUAAGAACUUUAUAAAUAGAAAGUAGUCAAAAAGUGCCAAAUUUAUUUUAUUCCUUUCUCCUCUUGUAAGCCAGCUAAAAAGAUACACGAUUAUACUAAAUAUUAAUACAAUGAAAACAACAUUUUGAAGAAAAUCUAUAACACUUUCUUGGGACGAAAAUACUAAAAAACAAUAAUUGUACUUUAAUGUAGAUUAAAUGGUUAGAUUUUAGAGGAAAAUGUCAAGAAACACAUAUAUACUCUACAUCUAAUCCCCUUUGUAGUGCCCUUAAAACAGAUGAGAUAUGAAAUAUAUUACGAACCACUUUCACUGAGGCAAUGAUGAACAUUGUGGAGAAGAAUAUUACAUAGUUGCAGAUAUAAAAGUGAAAUAUUAGUCAUAUUAUAGCGUCUCUCACAUACCGAAAUGCACUAUAAUAAAAAUAUUUUAUCUAGCAAUAAAAAAUUAAGUCGAAAUAUGAGAAAUCUAUUGUAGGACAUGUAGGAAAAUGUGAUAAAAUGUUACGAUGAAAUACUAAAUUGUUAGACGAAUCAAAAUUACAGAAAGAUGCAAAGUAGUAAUCAAAAGCAGAAGGUUUAGGUAGAAAAUGGAAUACGAAUUAGGAGGAAGGAACCUGACGGAAACGGUGCAAGAGUGCAAAGUUUGUAAUUGAAAAGGGUAAGAGAAAAAAAAAACGAUAGAAAUUCAAGUAUUUAGAGAAAUUAACUAACCACUUCCACCAAUGAAAGCUUACAAGAAUCUCUCUAAAAAAAAAUAUUGUAUUCUGUCCUGUGAUAAGAGUCGAUUGAAAUAAAGGUGAUUAAGAAUAG